AUGUGCCGCGCCACGUCGAUAGAGGGCGGCUUCCUCCGCCCGUCCCCGUCCCCGUCCCCGUCCCCGCGCCUCGACAUCCGCGCCUUCUACCUCCGCCUCUCUUCCUGCUCCCCCGUGGCGCCGGCGCCCACGGAGCUCACGCUCGUGUACAACCCGGCCAUCGGCGGCGCGGCGCUGGGGCUCAACGGCCGCGCGCUCCCGCCAGCCGCGCCCGCGGAGGUCACGCUCCGCCGGGUCUCCAGCGGGGACGCGUACGCGUAUGCGAGCGCCGACCGCGUCGCUGCCGCCGAGGGCGCGCGCUUCGAGGUGCUCGCCGGGGAGGAGGUCGCGGCGGAGGGCGUUUUCUUGCGGCGUCGCGGCGGCGAGGGGUGGCGCGUGGAGUGCCGCCGGGCGCCGGUCUCGGCCUCGGCGUCCGUGUGCGUGGCGGAGGUGGUGGUGCUCGCGGAGGGCGGCGUGCUGAUGCGGGACAAAGCCCGGGCGGCCGGCCGGGGCCGGAUGCGGUGCGGGGCCACCAGGCUGGAGGGCAUCCCGGAGGAGGCCACGGACCUCGGCAGCUGGGGCCGCUGCGAGUGCCGCGCCUGCGGUGACGACGGCGACGACGGGUGGGAGGUGGUCGGGGACGCGUCGGACGACGGCGAGCCGUGGAAGCACGAGGAGGAGGAGGAGGAGGAGGAGACGGUGAGGUGGGCGAUGGAGAUGGGCGUCUGGGCCGUGUGCCUUGGCGUCGGCCUCCUCGCCACGGCCAGGCGGUUCCGGCGGAAGCACGCCUUCUGGUGA